ACUUUAAAAAUCUGCAAUCUCUGGUUCAGUAGGGACCACACUGGCACUCAGAGAGCAGUGUGGGAAAUAUUGAAUAUUUUGCCUGGGAUACUUUGUAUUUCAGAGCAGUUUACAGCCGGUUACUUGUACUUAUUUAUUAUAUUUACUUCUGUCUGCAUAGAUAGGUCCCUCAAAAGCACUUAAUAUUGUUUACCAAAGAAAUGGUGAUGGAGAAGCCAAGUCCCCUGCUUGUAGGGCGGGAGUUUGUGAGGCAGUAUUACACACUCUUGAACAAGGCACCCGAUUUUCUGCACAGGUUUUAUGGGAGGAACUCUUCAUAUGUUCAUGGAGGAAUUGAUCCAAGUGGGAAGCUGGCAGAGGCUGUGUAUGGGCAAGCGGAAAUCCACAAGAAGGUCAUGUCAUUGCAGUUCAGUGAAUGCCACACAAAAAUCAGGCAUGUUGACGCUCACGCCACACUGAGUGAUGGAGUCGUGGUUCAGGUGCUUGGAGAAUUGUCCAACAACGGCCAACCGAUGAGGAAAUUCAUGCAAACAUUUGUACUUGCUCCAGAGGGUUCAGUGGCGAACAAGUUCUACGUCCACAACGACAUCUUCUGCUAUGAGGACGAAGUCUUUGGAGACUCCGAGGCUGAGCUUGAUGAAGAAUCAGAGGAGGAGGUUGAGGAGGAGCCGGAGGAGAGGCAGGCGUCCCCCGAGCCACUUCAGGAAAGUCCCAACAGCACCACCUACUAUGAAGCUCACCCUGUUGCUAAUGGUGUGGAGGAGCCCAUGGAGGAACCAGUGCCAGAACCGGAACCAGAACCUGAGCAGGAGCCAAAGGUUGAGGAGGUUAAACCUGAGGUAGAAGAAAAGGCGAUGGAAGAAAUGGAGGAGAAGACGCCUUCACCGGCACCAGUGGAGUCUCCACCGAACGCCCAGGAGCCCGCCAAGCCGUUCUCCUGGGCUUCGGUGACCAGUAAAAACCUGCCUCCUUCUGGCACGGUCCCCUCCUCUGGACUCUCUCCACAUGUUGUUAAAGCUACAAGCUCACAGCCCCGGGUUGAAGCCAAGCAGGAGACGCAGGCAACUCCUCUCCGCCCCAGAGACCAGCGGACCCGUGACAGACCGACCUUCACCCAGCGAGGUCCCCGACCCGACGGUGUUCCAUCUUCAGAGUCACAAACGGGGAAACCACACCUAAGUUUUGUCAACAAAGGUGGAAGAGAUGUUGAAUCUGGUGACAUGGACGGCAGACGGAUCGUGCGGUACCCUGACAGCCAUCAGCUUUUCGUCGGCAACCUGCCACACGACAUCGACGAGGCCGAGCUCAAAGAGUUCUUCAUGACGUAUGGCAACGUGGUGGAGCUGCGAAUCAACACCAAGGGGGUCGGUGGAAAGCUGCCCAACUUUGGAUUUGUGGUCUUCGACGACUCUGAUCCUGUGCAGAGAAUCCUGGGGGCCAAGGUAGAAGGGCCCAUCAUGUUUCGAGGUGAGGUGCGUCUGAACGUGGAGGAGAAGAAGACGAGGGCCGUGCGCGAGCGGGAGACCCGAGGCGGAGACGACCGUCGGGACAUGCGGCGCAGCGACCGCGGCCCGGGAGGUCCACGAGGCAUCGUGGGACCCGGAAUGAUGCGCGAACGCGACGGGAGGGGCCCGCCUCCCCGAGGCGGCAUGGCCCCCAAACCCAGCAUGGGUCCUGGAAGAGGCUCCGGCGGGCAGGGGGAGAAUCGCUUCACCCCGCAGCGCCGCUGAGAAGAGCGCCACCUGUAGUGUGGAAGCAGUGUCGUGUUCCUCAUCCUCAGCAGUACUCAUAAAUGUAUAAAGUAUAUAUUUGGUGGUGUAUUCUUUUUCUUUUUGGCUUUUUUUCCCCUCUUCUUGCUUUGGAAUGUGACGGUCUGUCAGCCACUUUGUGAAAUAGACAAAACAAGCAAACAGAAAAAAAAAAAUUGUUCGCUGAUUAGUUGUGAGCUGAGCAUCCUUUUUGGGGGUAAUUCAAGAGUUCAAACUUGAAUUUGUCAAUUUGUGAAUAAAGGCAACCCAAGCAGGACUAAUCUGCCACAUUUAGGAGGGACUGAUGAGACUUUUAAUCUACAGCAGUGCAGCCCAUCACUUUCAGAGAUUAUAAACCUUGACUUAAACUUGAGGUGUUGAUUCAUGAAAUUCCUCAAUUGCACAUUUUAUAUUGUAGUUUUCUGCCCGUUGUUGUCGAGGAAGAGUGAGAUGCAAAAUUGAUUGCAGUUUCAGAGGAAAAGCCUUUCAUCUUUUCCCGUUUUCAGAGAAAGAGACCACUGCUACAGAAUUGCAUAAUGCACUAAAGGUACUUCUGUCUCGUUACGUUGUCGUCCUCGGACUGCGGCUGGAGAGAAGCGAAACAGCCUGGCUGCUGUGACCGAUGUACUUCUCCAACGUUUGACCCAAAACUACUCUGCAGUCACUGCUGGAUGGACAAGCAAAUCUACAACAUUAUUUUUAUUUUUUGUAAAUUAAGUUCAACCGGGACUUGACCUUUUACCAAAUGAGUGAGUGGGGCACAGGGGACAGAGGAGCAACAGAUGGAUGAUGGCGGCUUUCUGUGAUAUUUUGAUUCCAGCUUUUUGUUUUUCUUGACUGCAAAUCGGGGAUGAGCGAAACCUUUCCUCCCUUCCUGUCAUGAGUGCGGAGAAACCGAAUAAAUGUACAGCAAAAAUCACGGUUUACUGUAUGCUUUGCUUUUCUGUGUAUAAUUUUUAUUUUCUCCACUCAAUUUUAAUGAGAAAAAAAAAGUAUGAUGGUGCCUUCUAGUUCACCUUUUCAAGUCUUACUGAAGAGCAAAGCGGUUUGGGGUGAAAAGAGCUGCUCCUUUUUGAACUAUUCUCUGCUGGGAGCAGACAGGAAUAACACAGUAUUCAUAGGAUUUACGUUCUUCAGGGGCAGAUUUCACUCUUUCUGUACUGUUCAACUACCUAAGAUGAUUUGCUGUGAGCUUUGUACAUUUUUCUUUGCUGUAAUUUGUCUUUUGGGUUUCGUAGAGACAACCGGUGCCUGCAGUUUUGUUAAAUGGUUAAUAAAUGCAUCUAAGGAACUUUUUCCCCCAUCCCAAAAACAAAAGGUACAGUGACGAUAAAAUGUUUAAUCCCUGGUUUACCAGAUCGCGGCUCGACGUGGGCUUGGUUUACUGUUAAACCUUUUUAUUUUUGCACCUCAUGGCAGCACUUUGGAUAAUCCUUGGACUGACAAGUUUCCCAACAGUUUUGUACCUGCAGCCUUCAGUCGAGUAAAUAAUUGUGGACAUUUUUCUAUUGUCAAUGCAUUUGUAUUUUCAUAUGCUGAUCAUUCACUGUGCUCAUUUGUAGUCGUUUUUUGUUUUGUUUUUUCUGCUUACGGCCAAAUUAGUCAGCGCUGCGCUCAUCUGAACGGGAUCAGUUUUUUGCUUUUGAAUCAUCCAGUAGGGAGGGAAGACUUCGGUUUCCGUCGGGGAAAGGAAGACAUGAGCGUUUAAUUUCUUUUUUUUUUAUUCUUAUUAUUUUGUGUUGCACUGAAAUGGAAAAGUUAAAUGAUGUAGCAUUUUUCUUUUUUUUUUCUUAUUUGACAAAUAUACUUUGGUCUUCCUCA